AUGCACUUUCUUCUGCUAUCUCUCCUGAGUGCGCUAUCAGUCAUCACGAGCGCACUUCCAGCUCAACAAGCUCCUCUGCUUCGCCAUGCUGGAGACAAUCGCACAGUGUCUGCCGAGUUAUUCUCUGACCUCGAGGAGCUCGCGCGCAUUGUCGAUAUCUCUUAUUGCGUAGGUCUCACUGGCACAGGCAUAUCAAGGCCUUUCAAAUGUCUCAGUCGCUGCUCCGAAUUUCCAGAUUUCGAACUUGUUAAGACAUGGAACACUGGCCAGUUGAUGUCCGACUCCUGUGGCUACAUCGCCUUGUCUCACUCACAAUCGAAUCCUCGCAUCAUCGUCGCGUUUCGUGGCACCUACUCUAUCGCCAACACUGUUGUCGAUCUUUCAACGGUCCCUCAAGAAUAUAUUCCCUAUCCUGGUGACCCGGGUUCAGAUGCCUCAAAAGCUGGCCAAAAGAAACCAGAAACUCCGCGAUGCAACAACUGCACUGUGCAUACGGGCUUCUACAAAUCUUGGAAAGUAGCUUCCUCUGCCAUCUUGCCAGACUUGGAGGCUGCCGUCGCAGCGUACCCCAAUUACGCCCUGACUCUUGUCGGUCAUUCCCUCGGAGGAGCUGUUGCUGCACUCGCUGGACUAGAACUCGACUCCCGAGGCUGGAAUCCGACUGUCACUACAUUUGGCGAGCCUAGGCUUGGAAACGCUGCCCUGAACAAAUAUCUUGACCAGCAAUUCAACUUACUCGGCUCUUCCAGCGAAGCUUGGGCAAACACUUUCGAUGAGCGACAAUUGCGAUAUCGCCGUGUCACUCACAUAGAUGAUCCAGUACCUCUGUUACCACUCACAGAAUGGGGUUAUCGUAUGCACGCUGGCGAGAUCUACAUCUCUAAGUCUGCCUUGACUCCGGAUGUGCAAGAUCUGCAGCACUGUGUUGGUGAUGAGGACCAUCAAUGCAUUGCCGGACAAGAUGGCAGUCUAGAGUCGACUGUCGCUACCCACGAUGACCUGAGAGCGCAGGUAAAACGCUCAGUCGAUGACCUUGCGGAGGAGCGUGAGUUGGAGAAGCGAGCCAUCGGUUCUUGGGUCGUCCCAUCUCGCUACAAGUUGUGGCAGUUGUUCUUCUCUCAUCGCGACUACUUCUGGCGUCUCGGUUUGUGUGUUCCUGGUGGAGACCCUUGGGACUGGAACCGCAAGCCGUACGCACCACUCGAUGGUAAUGGACAGGAGUCGACCUGA